UUGAAGUUAAAUCUGAUUUAAUCAAGCAAAAUGACAAUAUUACGUGGUUUUUGUUUUCUUUUUACAAUUCUAACACUUGUUGUUCUAAUCAAAGGGCAAAAUGACUUUUGCAACAUUUGUCGAGUUCACACAAUGUGCCGCUUUACGAAUCCACAACCAGUGUGUAGGGCAAGAGUAGCAUAUUUAACACCCGAACGAAAAUACGAAAUUGUAAAUAUACAUAAUGAAUUUAGACGACAAGUCGCUUCUGGAAAUGAACCACGGGGAAACCCUGGACCACAACCACGUGCCAGAAAUAUGCCAAAUAUGGUUUGGGAUCCAGAAUUAGCAAUUAUAGCACAAAGAUGGGCUAUACAAUGCUUAUCUGGUAAUGACGCUUGUCGUGAUGUUCGACGCUAUGAAGUUGGACAGAAUGUAGCAACAGCAUGGACAACAGGUUCAAAUCCUACAUCAUUGAGAACUUUAAUAACAUCCUGGUACAAUGAGGUGACUCUAUUUAAUCGUAACCAAGUAGAACGAUUUGUGUUCCAUGGGAGUACCCGACAUUAUACACAAAUGUUGUGGGCGACUAGUGUAAGUAUUGGUUGUGGUUAUAUUAAUCAUAUGGUUGGAAAUCGAAACACUGUUACAUUAGUUUGUAACUAUGGACCGACUGGUAAUAUCGACGGAGGUAGAAUCUACCAAGUUGCCCGCUAAACAGAUUUUUAUUCUUCAUUUCGAGAAUUCAAAAAAAAAAAAAAAAAAAAGCAGAACAUAUUAACUUAGAAAUUUAUUUCCUUUAAGAAUAUUCCUUUUUUUAAAAACAAAAAUUCUUUUGUAACCAAACAAAAAAAAAUAAUAAAUUUAAUAUCUUAAUUUAUUCACCAAUAAAAAAAUUAACGACAAACAAAAAUUUGCGGUCAAUUCCUCCAUAAACCGCAUUUUACUUCAAUUUUCUAUAAAUGACUAUUUUUAGUUGUCAAACCUAGCAAGAAAUUUGAUUUUAAUGAAUAAUUUCAUAAUUAAUAGUUUUAUAGUCUUUAAAUGUAAAGAAAUGUUUUUAAUAACAUUUCUAUCAUUAAUUGGAAUUGUGAGAAAUGGUAAGGAGGCGACACAAUUCGCGAUCUAAAUUUCAAUAAUAACAAUGGAAAAUAAUUGCGAAUUUUGUCGAGAUUCACAGAAUGCGGUGAUUGUUCCAUUCACUAUAUAAGAGAUAUUCGAUAUUCUUGAGAGGUAUGUAUGUAUGUUUUCUGAUAGAUAGAGAAUUCUCAUUUUCUAUUAUAUGGAACUUAAUAAUAAAUAUCGUCUCCGAUCUAUUGACAAAUGAAUCUCCAUUCAAACACUCAUAUUUCAUUCUUAGAAAAAUUAAGUAUCUCCCCUCGAUGAAAAAAAAAAAAAUUCUUCAGAUGACAAAUCUUAAAAAUAAAGAAUUUUAUUCCUUUUUUGAUUCAAGUUCCCACAAAUUUAAGUACUCAUCUAUCUUAUCACUAAAGAAAUUAUUUUCCUACUUCAAUGUAUACAUAUUUUGUUGAUAAUACUUUUAAGAAACGA